AUGUUUUUCCCACCAACCUUCCUAACGCUCAUUCUAACGCUCUCCAUCACUUCCCUGGGCGCACCGUUGGAGAGUCGAGACUUCGACUACGUCGCCAGCGCUCUGAAAGCGCACAACGUCCACAGACAGAACCAUUCCGCGAGCGAUCUAGUCUGGGACGACACCCUCGCGAACGCAGCGCAGGAAUGGGCACAAGUGUGCACGUUCGCGCAUAACACCACAAUCGGCGGCGGCGGCUACGGCCAAAACAUCGCCCUCGGCAACUCCGACACCUGCAUCUCCAUCUCCAUCUCCGACCAGUGGUACAACAACGAACUCGGCUGGUACGCUUCCCUCUACGGCGAAGCGCAGCCUUCCAUGACGGACUUCGAGCACUGGGGCCAUUUCAGCCAGGUCGUGUGGAAGGGGACUACGAAGGUCGGGUGUGCGACGGUGAAUUGUCCUGAUGGGGUGAUGGGGUGGCCGAGUACGCCGUGGAUUACGGUUUGUGACUAUGGGGGGCCUGGUGAGUUUUGGUUUUCGGUUGGGGUUGAUGGAUUGGGUAUGGGUGCUGAUGAAGGGUGUGUUGUAGGGAAUUAUGCGGGCGAGUAUGCGGGGAAUGUGGGUGAGCCGAUGGGGAUGGCGACGGUUGUUGGUGGGGAGGGGAUGUGA